AUGUUACUGCUGCCUUACCAGCCCAUCUAUGAUAACACGUGGCUCGUCCUCAGUGUCACGACUUUUCUUGUGGUGGUAACAGUAAUUGCUCGGGCUUAUCGUUCUAGAUCAAGGAAUGGCCUUCCUCUCCCACCUUCCCCUCCCAAUUGGAGACUUAUGGGACACUUCCUUCCUCUUCGCCAUCCAUUUCUUACUGUAGCAGAAUGGAUUGACGAAUGCGGUCCUGUAAUUAGCAUUCGCGCAGGAACCGAGAAAGUCGUUAUAAUCGGCCGCUACAAAGCAGCGGUGGGCAUUAUGGAGAAGCAGGGCGGAGCGCUGGCUGAUCGUCCUCCCAUGAAUUCUGGACAAAUGAUCACCGGCGGAUUGGCCAUCGGUCUUGCACGCAUUGGGGACAGGUGGCGUCGGAUGCGUAAAGCAGUUCAUACGCAUCUCCAGCCCAAGGCAGCCGAGGCGUAUCAGCCUUUGCAGAUGUCAUUUGCGAAGAACACGGUCCUUGACAUUCUCAAUGAUCCAUCCAACUUUCAGAGCCACGUGUUAAGUUACGCUGUAACGACGGUUUUGAAAGUGGCGUAUGGGAAGGAUACACCCACGUCUGCGGCUGACCCCGAAGUCAGAGCGAUUCAUCAGUACAUGACUGUAUUCCGGACAGUCCUGCAACCUGGAGCUUACUGGGUGGACACGAUUCCCUGGCUCAGAUACCUUCCUUGGUACGGCAGAAAAUUAAAUAGUGAGUUUGAGGUUAGCCGGAAAGUCUACUUUGGUCAGAUGAACCGCUUGAAACAACAAUUGCAGAGUAAUGUGGACGCUGGUCCUUCGUUCGGGAGAUAUGUGCUAGAAGAUGAACAUCGCCUUGGCUUGUCAGAAUUGGAGGCGCAUUAUCUUCCUGGCACCUUUUUUGCAGCUGGAAGCCAUUCAACUGCUGCGGCAAUAUGCACGGUGCUAAUGGCAGCGGCAUGCUUUCCCAAGGAGCAAGCGAAAGUCCGGGCUGAGCUUGAUGCGGUCGUAGGAAGGCACCGAGCACCGAUCUUCGCUGACCAACAAUCUCUUCCUCUCCUGCACGCUUUUAUCUCCGAGGCUCUCAGAUGGAGACCGGUGAGUCCCAAUGGGUUUCCUCACCGAACAACACAAGACGAAAACUACUGCAUUCCCGCUGGAACUACGGUACUCGGUAGCAAUUGGGCCAUCUCGAAAGAUCCGGAAGUUUACCCUGAUCCUGACGUGUUCAAACCUCAGCGUUGGAUGAAUGAUCAAGGUGAAUUGAGGGAUGAUAUCACAUUUUUUGUUUAUGGGUUUGGUCGGCGUGUAUGCCCUGGUAUACACCUUGCGAACAGAUCGGUGUGGAUCAACUCGGUCCUUCUGUUUUGGGCCUUCCAGCUCACUCUAGAUCAUACGAAGCCAUUAAAUGACAUGGGCUUCAUGGGUCUGGUGUCACCACAUGUCUCUUGCCCUAUCGUGUUUACACCGAGAGUUCCAGACAUGGAGCUCAGGCACGUCAUGCAUAGGUAUCCUGAGGUCGACUCGGAAUGA